AUUUCUGUGACACGUCCUGGAAGUGAUAUCAACGUCAAUAACAACAUUUGAUACAACCAGGGUAAUAGAUAGUAUCUCGACAGCCGUCUUAGAGCGUUUAAAUCCCCAAUUCACAACAAUGUCUUCGGAUUUUGAAGCCUACGAACAGGAGUUUGGUACUCUCACCGCAGAUAUAACCAACAAAAUUGGAAGAGUACCUAAACUUGGUGGAGAGGACAAGACGCAGCUGGUUCUAAAUGUCGACAAACAGCUUGAGGAAGUCAGAGAGUUGUUGGAGCAGAUGGACCUGGAGGUGCGUGAGAUCCCAGUCCAGAGCAGAGCCAUGUACAACAACCGCCUGAAGAGCUACAAACAGGAGGUGGAGAAGCUGGAGAAGGACUUUAAAAGGUCACGUAUUGCCUACAGUGAUGAGGUGCGGAACGAGCUCCUGGGGGAUGAUGGGAGCUCCUCAGAGAGUCAGAGAGCACAUCUGUUGGACAACACAGAGAGGCUGGAAAGGUCAUCUCGAAGACUGGAUGCUGGCUACCAGAUAGCGGUGGAAACCGAACAAAUAGGUCAGGAGAUUCUAUCCAAUCUGAACAGUGACCGUGAGAAGAUCCAGAGAUCCAGGGACCGGUUGAGGGAGACUGAUGCGAACUUGGGCAAGAGCUCCCGUAUCCUGUCUGGCAUGCUGAGAAGGUAAGAGGAAGGGUUAUUCAGAACCGCGUCCUGAUCUUCAUCUUGGGCGCCAUCAUCCUCCUCACCAUCGUCCUGGCCAUCUAUUUCAAUCUGCGGAGAAACUGAUCUCCACUGACGGGUCCUGUGUGUGUGCACGUGUGUGUGUGUGAUUAAUAGCAACAAAAGCGCACUAGAGUAAUUAGGACAAAUUGUUCAUAUGAAUCAUUCCUUGUGGGCAGUGACAGGUGAUCUCCUCUCCACUCUAUCCACCGGAGCACGUCCAUGCCCACUCUGCCCUCUAGCCCAUUAAAAUCAUACUGCUUGGACCUUCCUGUUCAAACCUUUUGCAUGGGACCUCCAUCUGAUUGACCUCCACACGCACUGUCCACGUGGCAGAAUAAUAACAGAGGAAGAAAAGGGGCUUCAAUAUUACAAUCUGUUAUUUUAUUUUAAUGUUUUGUUGUUAAUACUGUUUAUUACAUGUCAGAUUUAUGUGAGUAUGUCUGUGUGCACAUGCAUGUACACUUCCAGUCAGAGCGUAGUCCCCGUUCAUUUCUGGGUGUGUGACAUGUGCAGGAAGGCUUGGGCCAAGUCUCUAGUUCAGCACACAGAGCAGAAUCACACACUACACCCAGCCCAAAGGUCAGUGCCUUUAGCAGCAAACACACACAUGCCUCUCCCACUCACGCUUCAUCCAGGAUUAGCAGCUUCUCACGCUGUUCCUCUAAGGUCAGUAAAGGCCUUGUGUGUGUUCAGGCAACCCAGCAGGACCACUUUUAAACCUCUGGCCACCCAUAGCUUUAGUAAUAACUUACGGCAUAAGUAUUUGUUAACACACUCGCACAUUAUAAUAUCUGUGUUUAAUUUAAAUUGAUGAUUAUUGUGGUGAUAUAUUUUCCUUUUUUCAGUAAAUCAAACAUUUUAUUGCUCAUUGCAUACUGUCUAUUUCUGUAUAAUGCAAAAAUGUGUGUAUACUGUAUAUGGCUCAAAAAUGAGAUGUGUGUGUUUUGAAAGCUGAAGGCUGUUUAUUUAUCUCUGAUGGCUUAUUUUUAAAACUAUUGAAUGAAUUAAUUUUAGGAAGCUUCUUUAACUUUUGAUCUGUAGUGUUUUGUUUUUUUUUUUCCUUUUUAGGACCAACUUCUUGUAAAUGAUAUUAUUGUAUUUGAUUGAUUACAUGUCUAUGUGCUGAUGUUUUACAGUGUCCGAUAUAACCAUGGUACAGACUCAAUCACCAGUGCUUUAGAGUUCUGCAGCUCAAAUAUACUGCGUGUUCACACGUGAACAUUUAAAAGACACACACAGAGCACACCUAUUGAUACUGUGUUUAUUAUUCCCACUGCAUGUGACUGAUAUUCUCUCUCUCUCUCUCUCUCUCUCUCUCUCUCUCUCUCUCUCUCUGUCUCUCGCUCUCUGUCUCUGUCUCUCUCUCUUUCUCUCUCUCUCUCUCUCUCACACACACACACACACUUUUUCUCCUCCUCUGGCUGAGGGCCUGAUGGACAGACAGACAGACAGAGGGCAUUUGGUAUUCUGUUUCAGGCCGGGUAGAUUGUCUUAUUUUGGAAGCAGCAUGGUGGGGGGCUUUCUCUUCCUCUGCCUCACAGCUCGGGCUUCAAAGCACCAAAUUAAUGGCCAACAAAAUAGUGUGUCUCUGUCCGUCCCAUGUGGGGCCAACCCGUCGAGAGUUAUCAUUAAGUUCAGGAAUAAAUGAACAAAAAAGGAGAGAGGAGGAAGAGGGAGGAUGAGGAGGGGCAGAAUCCUGCCUGUUUGACAAACCUCAUAAGAUAAUGACCUCAGUGAUUGAGUUUUUCACCAACACGCCUAGACAAGACCGAGUGUCUGCAUGUCUUGUGUGUGUGUUUGUCCUCUCUGCUCUUUUAGAAAUGUGUGAGUGUGAGCACUGGAUCUAAACCCCUGUGUGUGUUGAAUGCUGGGAGUAUAUUUUGCUUGUUAUGAUUUUGUGUGUUUGUGUGUGUGUGUGUGUACACGUGUGCAUGCACAUUUCGCUGACUGAGACACUCUCUCUCUCUCUCUCUCUCUCUCUCUCUCUCUCUCUCUCUCUCUCUCUCUCUCUCUCUCUCUCUCUGCCUGUCAGAUCCUCUCAGUAGUGAGUGGCUGGUGGAAGGCAGCGUGGCUGCGGCUCUAUUUGAAGUUGUAAUGGUGUCAAAAAGUCAGGGCUGACUGACAGCCGUCAGUCCCACUGGGGCUCAUUAAAUCAUAACAACUUGACAAGGAAAUAAUUGAGCACUGAUGACAAGUUGAGGCCCGUUUAGAUGUUUUUAUUUUCUUUCAUUAUGCCUUCUGACUAUUAUGUUCAUUAAGAAAUUGCAUUAAACGACUCUUAGGGGGCUAAUGAUUUGUUUAUAUCCCCUUUUUUAUUAUUUAAACAGUAGCCGUGUCUUCUGAUACCUCAGCAGGCUGCUGCUAUCAUCUGCUGCUUCUAUUUUUCUCUACAGACCUUUUUCUCUACGUACAUCUCUUUUGUCUGUCUCUUUUUCUUUUCCCUCUCUUCAUUCUUUUCUUCUUCAUUCCUUCCGCCCUUCUCCCCAUUAUAUUAUUCUUUUCGUCACUCUUUACUUCUCUUCCUUCCCUUUAUAUUUCUUUCCUUCUUUUCUUUCUCUCCAUUACUUCUUCUCCUCCAAACCCCAUCCCCUUUUUCACUUAUGUCUCCUCUCUUUCUCCUCCUCAUUGUCCUCUCUUCUUCUCCUCUACACAUUCUCCUCCUCAUUCACUGUUCUUCCUCUCUCCUCCACAGCCUCCUCUCCUUUUUUCUCUCUCCACCUCUUUCUUCUCUUAUCUCUCUUUCUUUCUUUCUUUCUCUCACUCUCGCUCUUCUCCACAUUCUCCUGUCAUCACUACUUCUCUCAUCUUCAUUUUCCUCUCCCUCUGUUUAUCUCACCUCUUCGUUUUCCUCUCCUAUCUCUCUCCCUCCCAUUUUCCCCUCCCCUUCUUCCCUCACUCUCUCCUCCCUUUUCUCUUCCAUAUCUUCCCUCCUCUCUCCUCACUGUAAGCAGCUUGUUCUCGCUCGUCUUUUACUCCUUCCCACCCCUCUGUCUCUAUUCUGGCAGCAUGACCUAUGGAAUAGUCAUUACCCUCUGAUAGGCUGUGUCUGAUUCCAGGGGACACUGUUGCAGUAGGUGUGCUCACACUUUAACAUAUCAUUCAGACUGAUGUUCACCAUCAUAGUGUAUUUACCCUAGCAGGCCCUCAGCCAGCUGAGAGAUGUAGAGUGAUUAAUUGCAGCCAUCAUGUUCCUCUAACUCUUAUAAUAAACCUACAGUAUAACAGAACUCUGUAAACUCUCCAGUGUUUUCCAGCCCAAAUCAAAUACACGAGGAUUACUACAUCCAGCUAAGAAUUCAUGUUUCUCUGUGCUGAGAACUGAAACCCUGCUUACUUAAAAUAAUUGCUGUGGCAGUAUCUUUCCCCCAAGUACAAGAAAGGUGAUUGUAGUAGUAACCCAUAUGUCACAGAUGUAGUGUAUAAUGAAUAGGAUAAACACAUUUUUAGGAUUUAGAGCACCAUCUCUGACACAUUGUGUGUGCUCGCACGUGUGAGAGAGAGAGAGAGAGAGAGCAUACACAAUGGGAGGUCCAUGUUUCAUCAUGUAAAGGUUCUCUCAUGAACAAUGUCUAUCUCCUUCAUCCACAGUGAUAUGGCUUCAAUAGUAAAGAAUUAAGUUGUGUGUGUGCGCAUGUGUGUGUGGACCCUGCGGUGAACAGCAGCAUAGGGGGAUCUGUGUCUUCUCAUGUUACGCACAGUGAGACAAAGUAGACCAUCACUGGUUAAUUUCCUGUCCAAACCUCUGUGUGUAUGUGUAAGUUGUACAUGUGUACGUCACACUAUCCUAACACUGAACUGAAUGACACGAACCUGAAAUGAUGUCCACCAGUGUUCUUCUUUUCUGCUUUGUCCCUUUUUAUAUAUUAAAUGCCCAUGAAUUGGACAUGGAUGCGUUUGCUGUGAUCAUAUGCCCAGUGCAAUAUUUGUGUCUGUUUGAGAGUGCGUAGCAUCUGUCCGCAGACGUCCUAUUGAUGAGAUCUAUCUUUCUCGAUUAGCGUGACUACUGUUCUUAUUCUUCCUUUUUGCUUUCAUUUGUCAGUGAUUUUUAUCGAUUGUGAUCUCUGUGGAUGUGCAGAGUGCUUGUCUAGUUGUAACACUGUCAUUAAAGCAGUAUUGCAUUUCAA